UUUCUGAAUUGCUUGCAAAAGUAUUAUUUGGUUAUUGUGCAACGUGUUUGGGCAAAGUGUUAAGACUUAACUUAAAAUGAAAGUAGAAGCACUGGAUAAGUUCUGGACUGACAAAAGUCGCUAUGAUGUUGCAGAAAAACGGUUCUACGAGGGCCCUCUGAAGGUAACUGAUCGCAGCCACUACAGCCCUUUAGUAAGCGAAAUCGCUAAGGCUAGGGAACACAUACAGAACUCGCUGGAAAAGAUUGAUGGAGUCACUCUCACUGAGGGCUCAAAUUCCCAGCUUGCCAAUCGCCUGACUCAAUUAGAAAGCGAAAGCAAGGAGCUCAAAUCCCAAGUUUCCACGUUGAACCAGCUUUUAAAUACCGUUGUGAAGCGGUUAAAUACUGUUGAAGCUCAGCUGAACUUGACGAACGGAGAGUCAAAGAAGCCCGAACCAAAACCAGAAGCAAACAAAAAAGAGGAGGACGAUGAUGUCGAUCUUUUUGGAUCAGAAAGCGAAGAGGAAGAGGAGGAAGCAGCGCGCAUAAGGGAGGAAAGACUGGCGGCAUAUGCUGCCAAGAAGGCCAAGAAAGUUCAAAUUAUUGCCAAGUCGAACAUCAUUCUGGAUGUCAAGCCUUGGGACGAUGAAACCGACCUUAAAGUUAUGGAGACGGAAAUCCGAAAAAUAACCCAGGACGGUUUGCUGUGGGGAGCUUCAAAAUUCGUCCCAGUUGCCUUCGGCAUCCAGAAACUGAGCAUCUCAUGCGUGGUUGAGGACGAUAAGGUUUCCAUUGAUUGGCUGACUGAGGAGAUCGAGAAAUUGGAAGACUUUGUUCAAAGUGUUGACAUUGCUGCAUUCAACAAAAUCUAAAGAGUAUGCAUAUAUUUUUUAAUUCGGAUUUACCUCAUUACAAAUGUUUUUGGGAGUCAUUAAAUAAAAUAUUUUGAUAAAAGA